GUUUCUCGUCUUCGUACGAAUCAAAGCCCGCUAAAGCUCAGCCCAUAUCUAAACGUAGCAGAGGCGAAGCAAGCGAUUGAAACAAUGGCACCUGCGACUCGUGCCCCCGCUGGCGGUGCUCGCGCAAGGAAGGCCAAACCUGCACCGGCCCCCAGAGCUGCAGACUUGGCCCUCAAGCAGAAAAUGAUGGAAAUGGCCCCAGAGAUGGGAGGACAGGGUAUGCUGGGGCCAGAGGAGAGCGCCUGGGCACAGCUCCUGCGACAACAGCAUGGGAAGGGUAGCCGAGAGCUGGGUCUGACCGACAGCGUCAAGACGAUCGAGGACAAGUGGUUAUUAUUACCGGAAUAUCUGCGUACCAAAGGUCUUGUCAAGCAGCAUUUGGACAGCUUCAACUAUUUUACGGACACGGGAAUGAAGCAAAUCAUGAUGGCAAACAACCUCGUCACAAGCGACGUCGACCCCCGAUGGUAUCUUCGGUAUCUUGAUGUCAGGGUCGGCAUGCCCACCCGUAUCGAUGCACCCAAUCACAAUCAGCGAGAUCACAUCCUUACGCCACAUGAAUGCCGUCUACGAGAUAUCACCUACGCCGCUCCUAUCUUUGUUGACAUCGAAUUCCUGAAGGGGAGGAAGAGAACGACAAGGAGAAACGUGCAGAUUGGACGUCUACCGAUCAUGUUGAGGUCCGACCGUUGCGUGCUGAAAGGAAAGACUCCCGAACAAUUUUCAUCACUUGGAGAAUGUCCCUACGAUGUCUCGGGAAUCUUUAUCGUUCGUGGUACCGAGAAAGUCAUCCUGGUCCAGGAACAGUUGAGCAACAAUCGUAUCAUCGUUGAAACCGAUUCGAGGAAGGGUGGUGUGCAAGCCGUCGUGACUUCUUCUACAAAUGACCGAAAGUCAAAAAGUUAUGUGGCAACCAAGCACAACAAGAUUUACCUUCGACAAAAUUGUUUCACCGAGGAUAUCCCCAUUGUCAUCGCUCUGAAAGCCAUGGGAUGCGGCAGUGAUAAGGAAAUCAUGUUGUUGUGCUGUGGUAGCGACGAGCCGUAUCAGGAGAAGUUCAUGAUGUCUCUUGAAGAAGCCCUCAAACUCGGCGUACACUCGACGAAACAGGCUCUAGCAUGGAUAGGGAUGCGCAUCAAGCCUACCGCCGUCAAGCAAACUGGCAACAAGCCUACGCCCGUAGAGAAUGCGUUGGAAUGCCUGGCCUCUAUUCCUCUAUGCCACAUUCCCGUCGAGCACGGGGACUUCCGCCCCAAAGCCAUCUACGCAGCGACAAUGACGCGACGUGUCCUCAUGGCGAUGGUGGAUCCCGAACAAGUAGAUGAUCGAGAUUAUGUCGGAAAUAAGAGAUUGGAGCUGGCGGGUCAACUUCUAUCGCUGCUAUUUGAGGAUAGCUUCAAGACUUUCAACGCCGACCUCAAGAAACGUGUUGACAAGGUCUUGAGCAAGCCCAACAGGGCCGAGGAUUUCGACGCGAUGGACACCUUCCUGAUGCACGGAGACAUCAUCACCGCUUCCUUCACGCGUGCCCUUUCUACGGGAAACUGGAACAUCCAGCGUUUCCGAAUGGAACGUGCAGGUAUCACACACGUUCUCAGCCGUCUGAGUUUCGUUGCCGCUCUCGGUAUGAUGACCAGGAUCAGUUCUCAGUUCGAGAAAACACGAAAGGUGUCUGGUCCCCGAGCUCUACAGCCGAGUCAGUGGGGUAUGCUCUGUACCAGUGAUACCCCUGAGGGAGAGGCAUGCGGUCUGGUGAAGAACUUGGCUUUGAUGACUCACAUCACUACGAGCGUCGAAGAGGAACCGAUAAUUAAACUCGCCUUCCUACUCGGAGCGGAAGAUGUAUCACUUGUUUCGGGAAACGAGCUGUACCGCCCUGGCGUUUACAUAGUCAACGUCAACGGAGGCUUAGUCGGCGUGACGCAUGCGCCUAUCCGCUUCGUCAGGAGUUUCAGGAAACUGCGACGCAGUGGCAGAACGUCCGAGUUCGUGUCAAUCUAUAUCAAUCACAGUCAACGGACGAUAUACAUCUCCUGCGAUGGAGGACGAAUCUGCCGGCCCAUGAUCAUUGUCGAGAACUGUAAAGCGCGGGUUACGACAGAACACAUCAAGCUGCUCAAGCAGGGCAAGGCGACUUUCGAAGAUUUCCUCAAAGCCGGUCUGAUCGAAUAUCUGGAUUGUAACGAGGAAAACGAUUCGUUGAUCGCUCUGUACGAGCGAGACAUCGAAGAAAAGACUACGCAUCUCGAAAUCGAACCCUUCACCAUCCUGGGCGCAGUCGCCGGUCUGAUUCCUUACCCGCAUCACAAUCAAUCGCCCAGGAACACCUAUCAAUGUGCAAUGGGUAAACAAGCAAUCGGAGCAAUCGCCUACAACCAAUUGGAACGAAUCGACACUCUUCUUUACCUCAUGGUCUACCCUCAACAGCCCAUGGUCAAAUCCAGGACUAUUGAACUCAUCAAUUACGACAAGCUGCCUGCCGGUCAGAAUGCCACAGUCGCGGUCAUGAGUUACUCGGGAUAUGAUAUUGAGGAUGCCCUUAUUCUAAAUUCAGCGUCGCUGGAUAGAGGGUUCGGAAGGUGCCAAGUUUUCCGAAAGGCUGCUACAAUGCUGAGAAAGUACCCCAAUGGAACAUACGAUCGGCUCGCGGAUCCGCCUCAGGUGCAAUCGGAGUCUGGUGAAUGGGCAAAUGCUGACCGAUACCAGAUGAUCGAGACGGAUGGUCUUCCAGGCGCCAACGCUCCCCUUCAGCCUGGUUGGGUGUACAUCAACAAACAAACUCCGACGAGUUCUGGUAAUUUGGCCGAAGGUGCCCGGGUCCAGUGGAAGAACGCUCCAAUGUCGAACAAAUAUCCCUUGCGGACAUAUGUCGACAAGGUUUUGAUCUCGCACACCGAGAACGAGACGCAACUGCUCAAGGUGCUAUUGCGUCAAACUAGAAGACCAGAGCUUGGUGACAAGUUCUCUUCACGACAUGGACAGAAGGGUGUCUGUGGGUUGAUUGUGCCGCAGGCGGACAUGCCUUUCAAUGACCAGGGAAUCUGCCCCGAUAUCAUCAUGAAUCCCCACGGUUUCCCCAGUCGAAUGACUGUCGGCAAGAUGAUCGAGCUGCUUGCCGGGAAGGCGGGAGUGCUCACCGGCAACCUGCAAUAUGGGACCUGUUUCGGUGGUUCGAAAGUGGAAGACAUGUCGCGUCUGCUGAUCGAAAACGGAUUCAAUUAUGCGGGUAAAGACAUGCUAACCUCUGGAAUCACUGGACAACCGCACGAGGCAUAUACCUACUUCGGACCGAUUUACUACCAAAAGUUGAAGCACAUGGUUGUCGACAAGAUGCAUGCUCGUCCUACGGGUCCCCGAGCUCUCCUUACCAGGCAGCCUACAGAAGGACGAUCUAGAGAUGGAGGUUUGCGUUUGGGAGAGAUGGAGCGUGAUUGCCUGGUUGGGUACGGCGCAACUCAACUAUUACUCGAACGACUGAUGAUCUCGUCCGACGCGUUCGUGACAAAUGUGUGCGAGAAAUGUGGCCUUCUCGGCUACAACGGAUGGUGCCCGGGAUGCAAAAGCGGAAAGAACGUUGUGGAUCUUACGAUGCCCUACGCCGCAAAAUUGCUGAUGCAGGAGUUGAUGGGCAUGAAUAUCCUCCCCAAGCUCGUUCUGGAGGAUGACGCUUAAUGGCCUAUGACGCCUUUUACGUACCGGUUUUGAAUGUUCAUAACGCCAUUUCAUGAUCAGAACCGAACCAUUGUUUGGUAUUUCACGAGCGCUGUGUUUGGUCCGAAAGUCGUCAUGCCUCAGGCUAAUUGGGAGAUCGGAGAACGGGCGAGCGGGACCUUCAUAGAUUAUAUAUUUC